CCAAAGAUGCGAUCGCGUAAGGUGCUGCUUAUAGUUGGUUUUCUGAUUACGUGGACCUACGCCACCUACUACCUACUGCUCCGCAACACCGGAGUAAAUUUGAGCAGGGCUCAAGCGCAUCAGAUGUACCGUCUCAACGUCGAGGCGAGAGAUGCGAACAAGAAAAGUCACGACAUGGCCAAGAACCUCUUCCAGUUGGUCAAAACCAAGUAUGACCAAGCACAGACGGUCUCGACGCCCCAGAUUAGCAUAGUGGCUGCCGAGAUCUCCGGGGAGAUGCUGGAGCAACCUGUGGCAAAACAAACCCCGGCGCCGAUACCAACGAGAACAUAUAUGGGCAAUGGCGAACCUGUCUUUCCCGUGCUGGUAUUUGCCUGCAAUCGGGUUUCGGUCAAGAAGUGCAUCGAUAAUCUGAUUGAAUAUCGUCCCAGCAUGGAACAAUUUCCCAUUAUUGUGUCCCAGGAUUGUGGCGAUGAGAAUACCAAGGGGGUUAUCCAAUCCUUCGGCAAUCAAGUCACCCUCAUUGAGCAGCCGGACCAGAGCGACAUUAAAGUCCUGCCCAAGGAGAGGAAGUUUAAAGGCUACUAUAAGAUAGCCCGACACUAUGGCUGGGCUCUGAACACAACUUUUAAAGUUGGUUUCGAUUUCGCCAUCAUUGUGGAGGAUGACUUGAACGUGGCGCCAGAUUUCUUUGAAUAUUUCCUGGGCACACACAAAUUGCUCAUACAGGAUCCCAGUCUGUGGUGCGUCUCCGCUUGGAAUGACAAUGGCAAGGCUGCUGUUGUGGACGCCUCGAAACCAGAGUUGCUAUAUCGCACCGAUUUCUUCCCCGGUCUUGGCUGGAUGCUCACCAAAAAGCUGUGGAGCGAGCUUUCAGUUAAAUGGCCCAAAUCCUUCUGGGAUGAUUGGAUACGUCAUCCGGCCCAGCGGAAGCAUCGCGUGUGCAUCAGACCGGAGAUAUCUAGAACUCGCACUUUUGGAAAAAUAGGCGUAUCGAAUGGGUUGUUCUUUGAUAAGUAUCUCAAACACAUUAAGCUCAGCGAGGACUUUGUGCAGUUCACAAAAAUCAAUAUGAGCCAUUUGCUAAAGGAUAACUAUGAUAAGACCUUUGUGCAGAGUGUCUAUACGUAUCCCAUCGUCACGUACGAUGAGCUGCGUCGCAACCUGAUAGCAGCCGAGGGACCAGUCCGCAUCCAAUAUACCACGCGGGAGCAAUACAAGCGAAUAACCAAGAUGCUGGGCCUCAUGGAUGACUUCAAGAGCGGGGUGCCACGCACUGCUUAUCACGGCAUCGUCUCCUUUUUCUACAACAAACGACGCGUGCACCUCGCACCCAAUGCCAACUGGAAGGGCUAUGAUCUCUCGUGGAGCUAACGACGCUAAAAACCAAUCAACACCAACCGCACCAUAACCUACACACUCAGCUACGUGUGCUUGCAAUACCAAAAAGUAGUCCUAUAUGUAUUUUUUAUUUUGUUUGACCAAUUAGUUAAGUCGUAACUAUGGAAUCUCCUUGAGCAGGCAGCCCUGCUGCAUGAGAAACAGAAUCAAAUCAAAAGAGUCUCCGCCAUGUAUACAUAGCUUGUAAUUACCUAAAUUUUGGGGCUUUUGGGAAGCAACACAACGUAACGCAAAGCAACGCAACGUAAUAUAUUGUAAAUAAGUCAGUGUUGUUUGCUAUUGUUAGAGCUAAUUAUCUCUCUUCACUCCAUUGUGUUAAAUGCAAUUAGUAAAAAGCUAGUAUUAAGAAAUACAUAGUUCUAAGAGACAGGAUAAUAACAAAAUUUGGUGAUCAAGUUUGUUUCGAAUAUUUGUCAUGCCCCUCCGCCACCGAAAAUAAGGUCUCGAAUACGAGCUAUAUACAACCAAUAUCUACCGAUCUGACACAACGUCCCGAUCGCAUAGUUCUUAAUUAUUCUUCUGGUGUGGCCAAUUAGAACGUUUCCCGUUGAACGAGUAGUUUGAGUAUACUGAGAUGACAGCUAUUAAAAAUUACUUCAAAAUGUAAUUUAUUUGAUAAACGAAUACCGAAUGUAAAUCGGACCAGAACAAACUAAAUGUAAUUUCAAAUGCAAUAUCAAUGGCAUGAUGUGCCCCAGUGUAUUCCUGAUAUUCCCAAUAUAUUUGGAAGAUCUAGCUAAACCCAACGUGACUUUGUACGCGGUAACACUUUCGAAUAAAUGUAGCCAUUUUUGUAAUGGA